AAUAGGGAAUAUGUUUGAAAUAACUCUUUUCAGCAUCAAACGUGGCCCAACAAGUAAAACCUCGAGAGUCGUUGACGGAGUGUCGUAUUUGAGACAGCAUGAGUUUUCCCAAGAAAAAAGCAAUGUUCUUUAUCGGUGGUCUUUUCACCUCAAUCAUGCUGAUAAGUUCUUGGAACAAGCUCGAAAAUAAAAACCUAAUGUUCAAACGCCAUUUCAAGGAACAACCCCAAACGUCAGAGCCAACACAAGACCCUUUUCUCUCAGACUGGUUGAGAGUUCGACGAGCUCGCACCGAUUGGAAACAACUUCUUGGACCAUGCUCUAAAAAUCUCACAUGGUCCGCAAAAAUUAUGGAUAAGACUUUACGUACGAGUGGAAAUAUGAGCUUUAUAUCUAGCUGGGUGCUGCAGACAGCUGGUAAAUUCAGCCGUUUCUAUAUUCAGUCUGUGACAGCGAAAGGUGUAGAGCAAACACACGGAGGUGAUAGCUGGAGGGUAAAGAUAAGCGGGACUGCGAAUGUGUUUGCUAACGUGUUUGACCUUGAUAACGGCCUCUAUGAAGUGUUGUUUCUACCCAUGGAGGCGGGAGAGUACACUGCGCAAGUCAUGUUGGAUUAUUCGUUGUGUGACGGACUCAGGGAUCCGCCACCUGAAUGGUUUAUUGUUGGUAAUUCUCAAGGGAAGCACCAGCCCGAAGGUACUCUAGGAAAACUCGACGACUUCCUCCUGGAGCGUCUCCAAAAUGACGCCUCCAUCAAGUUCAUUAUCAAACCGCAAAAUGACUCAUCCAUAGCAAAAGAUUUUGUGGAUCUUCCAUCGCAGUUCGCGGGACAGGUGUCGGUACAUCCCGCGGGACAGCAGUCAUGUCGGUUUCUGUGGGAUGGCUAUGGACGAUGGGUAAAUCGGGUAUGGAAGCCAUACCUUCCAGGUCUUCGUCAGCAGCCUCACUUCCGUGACCUUUCAAAAGGCAUGGGAACGCUAUGGUCGUACGGAGACUCUUUAAAUUUCAACAACUACCGCUACAAUUUCAACACGAGCAGACUGUGUAAACACAUGUUCCGCCAGUGUAGAUAUAACAUCAACUUCGUCUACCACAUCAAAUAUAGAGCUGAACUCGACAUGACGGAAACAGAUGAUCUUGAUUUCAAAGUCACUAGAGUACUAGACCACUUCCGGUCUGUUAUCCUGGCCCCGGAUGUAAAUCACGUGAAUAGCGUUAUUUUUCUAAAUAUGGGUUUGCAUUACGUCAUGAGCUUGCCGCUGGAGCAAUAUAAGGACUUGAUACAAAAGACAAUAGCGGUGAUAAAAGAGGUUUCCCUAGACGCCCGCGGGAAUUCCGCGAGGUCUUUUAAAGGUCACGUGAUAUGGAAGACGACGACGUCUAUUAAUAAACAGAAGGCGAAGUCUCUCCAAGCGACAAAAUGGCGGUUCUGUACUGCACCGAGGGUACAGCUUUUUAAUGCGUACGCGACGUCCGCCAUGUGCAAGGCCGGGAUCCCUGUGGUGGACUUGUACCCUAUUACGGACACUUAUCCUGAUGGUACAUAUGAUGUGGUCCAUUAUCGACCUCCCGCCUCUCAGCCCCUGGUCCCCCUUCUGGUAAAUUAUCUACGACAGGAGGGCGAAGACGAAAUACCGCAUGAUAGACUGGAUAUAUGACCAAAGUGAAAAUUUGAGCACGUGAUAGAUGCGAUGCAUGUCGUCACAUGAUAGAUGGAAUAUGUGUCGUCGCGUGGUGGAUAGGAUGUGUGUCGUCACGUGUGAGCCACGCGAUAGAUGGGAUGCAUGUUGUCAUGUAUGACACGGCAAAAAAAAGUCGAGUUUGCACCUAGCGCAGACAUGUGGAAUAUCCGGGGCAAACGUGGAAUAUUUCAUUUGUCUGCGCGCGUCUUCCCCGAGAGAAUAUUCCGUGUCUUACACGGGUAGAAGGGAGCGAUAACGUACCAUAUCCGCACGUCUUCCUACCUAUGAUUAUUAGGCGCUUACUAAAGUAUUCGCCGUGUCUUCCGCUACUAUUCGCUAGCGUAAGCGCGUGUCUUCCGCAGUACAGACAAGGUGAUUAUAUGUGCAUAUCUAAAUAUUCCCUAGGUUUUCCUUGAUUAUUUGCGCUUACUCGAGUGUUCGCCGCGUCUUUCGCUAGUAUUCGCUGGCGCAAACUCGUGUCCGUCGGGCAAACGUGGUGAUAAUUUGCGUUUGGAGACAGUAAAACUUUGGACAUAAUAUUCAUGUUAAAAAUAGUUUAUUAACAAUUUUUUUUUACAUGUAAGUCAGUGAAAUGUAAAAGACAAGUGCAUAAUGUCCUCAGAAUAACAAAUCCCAUAACAUGCAUACAUAGUUAGUAGUAGUUGGGUUGCUAGCCAGUGAUAAAAAACAUAAAUACGUUCUAUAGCUAAUUUCGCGUUACAUCAAUAAUCAGCACUUAGUGAGGCAGUACUAAGUAUCAGUACUAAGUUUAAUAAGAAACUGAUUUAUUAAAAAAAUAAAAAUUUAUAAACCUGUGCAA